AUGGGGAGUUCAUGCGUGAACCUCUCACGCGCCGUCCUCUUCGCCGGAGGCCGCCGAGGCCACCAGUACGGCAGGGGCGGCGUGCUGCACCCGUCGCCGUCGUUGCUGUCGAGGCGGCACGGCAAUGCCGCCGUGGCGUGCUGCUCGUCCGGUACAGGCUCAAGGCCGUCGUCGUCGUCUUCGUCCUUCCCAGCAGGGCAAGGGCUCGAAGGUGAUUCGGGAGCGGCCGGUUCCACCACGUCGCCGGAGGAUCACGCCGGCGGGAUUGGGGUCGCGGAGUUCCUCGGCGCCAAGAACUUCCUCAUCACCGGCGGAACCGGUUUCCUGGCCAAAGUUCUUAUCGAGAAGAUUUUGAGGACGAAUCCUGACGUUGGCAAGAUAUACGUGUUGAUCAAGGCCAAGGACAGCGAGACAGCAUUGAGGAGACUGCAAAAUGAGGUAGUGGACACGGAGUUGUUCAGAUGCCUGCAGGAAGUCCACGGGAGCGACUACAGCAGCUUCAUCGCAAGGAAGCUGGUUCCCGUCGUCGGCGACGUAAGGGAGGCCAACAUCGGCAUCGCUCCCGAGCUCGCCGACGAGAUCGCCGGCCAAGUGGACAUUAUCAUCAACUCGGCGGCGAACACCACCUUCGACGAGCGGUACGAUGUCGCCAUGGACAUCAACACCGUGGGCCCGUUCCGGAUCAUGAGCUUCGCGCAGCGGUUCCAGCGGCUCAAGCUCUUCUUGCAAGUGUCGACAGCGUAUGUGAAUGGGCAGAGGCAAGGCCUGGUGCUGGAGAAGCCGUUUCGCAUGGGAGACACUAUAGCCAAGGAGUUGGGAUCUUCAGAAGAUAAGGGCAGCACCGUGCUGGACAUCGAGGCAGAGAUCAAGCUGGCCUUCGGCUACUCCAGAAGACACUCCAGUGAUUCUGCUUCUUUUGCCCAAGAAAUGAAAGAUCUAGGCCUGGAGAGGGCAAAGCUCCAUGGGUGGCAGGACACUUAUGUGUUCACCAAGGCCAUGGGGGAGAUGGUCAUCAACAGCAUGCGAGGGGAGGUACCGGUAGUCACCAUCAGGCCCAGCGUCAUCGAGAGCACCUGGAGGGACCCCUUCCCCGGCUGGAUGGAAGGGAACAGAAUGAUGGACCCUGUCGUCCUCUACUACGGCAAAGGCCAACUGAGUGGGUUCCUCGCCGAUCCGGAAGGCGUUCUCGAUGUGGUCCCGGCGGACAUGGUGGUGAACGCGACGCUGGCGUCGAUGGCGAAGCACGGCGGCGGGGCGUCGCCGCCGGGACCCGGGAUGCACGUGUACCACGUGUCGUCGUCGACGGUGAACCCGCUGGUGUUCGGCGAGCUGAGCCGGUUCCUGUUCCAGCACUUCACGCGGUGCCCCUACAGCGACGCGGCGGGGCGGCCCAUCCCGGUGCCGCCGAUGCGGCUGUUCGACAGCAUGGAGCAGUUCGCCAGCUACGUGGAGACGGACGCGCUGCUGCGGAGCGCCCGGUCCUCCUCGUCGUCGUCGUCGGAGCAGCGACUCUCGCAGCGGGCGCGCGACCUCUGCGCCAAGUCCGUCGAGCAGACCAUCCACCUGGGCAGCAUCUACCAGCCCUACACCUUCUACGGCGGCCGCUUCGACAAUGGCAACACGGAGGCGCUCUUCGCGGCCAUGUCGGCGGCGGAGAAGGCGCGCUUCCACUUCGACGUGCGGAGCGUGGACUGGACGGACUACAUCACCAACGUCCACAUCCCAGGCCUCCGGAAGCACGUCAUGAAGGGCAGGGGCGUCGCCGCCAACCAGCUGCUCGCCAGCACCUCCGUGUGACCUCGCCGGCCGGCAAAGGGAUGCGCGACGGCGUGUACAGACUCUUGUUACGCCACCACACGGCCGAUGACCGACGACCAAUCUUGCCGCUCGAUCCAUGGCCGAUUUCUUCAUCUCCUGACACAGGUUAAUUGGUUCACAGAAUCACAGUAGCAGUAAAAAUCUAAGGUUGACGUGUGUACGCCAUGCUUGCAUUCACGAUAGAUACACGACUGUUCAUCUCUUCCAUGUUGACUUGUUGAUUCUUG